CUGAACAUAUUAACUCAAUUUUGGAUUUAGACAGAAUGGAAAUUAUUUCAUCAAAACGAUUCAUUUUGUUGACUUUAGCCAUUUCAAGCUUACUGACAUCAAACAUCUUCUGUACAGAAGAAUUGAUGAUGCCCCAUUUUCACAGCAAAGAAAGGGAUGACAAAUAUUCCCAGCCUACAGGAAUCCCAAAUGGGGAAAAGGAAAGAAGUGUCAGUUUCCAAGAACUAAAAGAUUGGGGAGCAAAGAAUGUUAUUAAGAUGAGCCCAGCGCCCGCCAACAAAGUGCCCCACUUAGCAGCCAACCUGCCCCUGAGAUUUGGGAGGACCCUGGAAGAGGACAGAAGCACCAGGGCAAGGACCAACGUAGAGGCAAGGACCAACGUAGAGGCAAGGACCUUGGGCCGUGUCCCCAGCCUGCCACAAAGGUUUGGGAGAACAACAGCCAGGAGCAUCCCCAAGACACUGAGUCAUUUGCUUCAGAGAUCCUUGCAUUCGCUAGCCACCAGUGAGUUGCUCUAUGCCAUGACUUGCCAGCAUCAAGAAAUCCAGAGUCCUGGUGGAAAGCAACCGAGGAGACAAGCAUUCAUGGAAACAGACGAAGAAGAAGGGAAACAUGAAAAAUAGGAAACCUGGAACCCGUCCUUCAAGAUGCUACGAAGCUGUGACC